AUGCCUCCCCGACUGCCAAUCCGUCUGGCCCUCCCCCGGCCAUGCGCCGUUGCCGCCCGCCCUCUCCUCCUCCCGCUCACAGCCACCCGUGGUGUAAAGUACGGAUGGACCACGGCUCCUCCUCGUAACAAGCACAAGCGAUUCAAUCAGCCUUCUUCCGGUCUUCCUGCUCUCACCUCCGGCCCCGCUGCUGCUCUGAAGCGAAGGGAGAACACUACGCCUCUACGAUCUGGAGUUCUCGCUGUUAAGAAGGGCAUGACGAGCAUGUUUGUUGGAAAGAUUCGUGUACCUUGCACUGUUUUGCAGCUCGAUCAGGUCCAGGUCGUCGCCAACAAGACUCGAGAGAAGAACGGCUACUGGGCUGUGCAGAUUGGCCAGGGUGCGCGUGACGGUCGAAACGUUACCAGCCCAUUGCUAGGUUACUACGAGGCCAAGGGCAUUGCACCCAAGGCUGAGCUCGCCGAGUUCAAGGUCCGAGACAAGGAUGGUCUGCUGCCCGUCGGCGUUCAAAUUCUGCCCGAUUGGUUCAAGAAGGGCCAGUAUGUCGAUGUCAAGGGCCGAUCGCGGGGUAUGGGUUUCGCCGGUGGUAUGAAGCGCCACGGCUUCUCCGGUCAGGAAGCUUCCCACGGUAACUCCAAGAACCACCGAACAAUCGGUACAACAGGUCCCUCGCAGGGUAGCGGCAGUCGAGUCAUGCCCGGCAAGAAGAUGCCUGGUCGCAUGGGUAACGAGUUCGUGACGGUACAGAACCUCAAGGUCAUGAUGGUGGAUAACGAAUUGGGAAUUGUAUUGGUUGGUGGACCUAUUGCCGGCCCCAAGGGCCGUGUCGUCCGUCUCCAGGACUCCAAGAAGCGAAAGGCCCCUCCCCAGCCUCAUCGUGAGGCUGCUCUCAAGACCCUGAUAGAGCGACACCCUGAUCACGAGGCGAACCUCCAGGCGGCGCGGGAGAAGCAUCUCCAACUGAAGAGCAAGAGAGAAGAGGCACAGCUAAGAGGCUAA